CGGCGGCGUGACUGCGGGCGACGGGACGCGUCCGCCGCGUGACCCCGUGCAGCGCAGCGUGAGAGACCGGCACGACCGCGUCUCGGGCCGCAGGGCAUGACCCCCUUCAAGGACAAGGCGCCCAACGAGCUCGUGACGAAUUUCUCCUACGCGGGGGAAUCGGCCCUGGCCGGCAUGGACCCCAACAUCCAGCAGUACGGCGAGGUGAACCAGCUGGGCGGCAUGUUCGUCAACGGCCGGCCGCUGCCCAACCACAUCCGGCUGCGCAUCAUCGAGCUGGCGCAGCUGGGCAUCCGGCCGUGCGACAUCUCGCGCCAGCUGCGCGUGUCGCACGGCUGCGUCUCCAAGAUCCUGGCGCGCUACAACGAGACGGGCAGCAUCCUGCCGGGCGCCAUCGGCGGCAGCAAGCCGCGCGUCACCACGCCCAAGGUGACGGCCUACAUCAAGGAGCUGAAGCAGAAGGACCCGGGCAUGUUCGCCUGGGAGAUCCGCGACCACCUGCUGCAGGACGGCGUGUGCGACAAGUUCAACCUGCCCUCCGUCUCGUCCAUCUCGCGCAUCCUGCGCAACAAGAUCGGCACGCUGCAGCACCUGCAGGGCGCCACGCACUACGACCUCAAGCACCAGGGCCCCGUGUACUCGUCGGUAGCCGCCAUGUACCCGCACUACCCUUACCAGCCCCACGCGGCGGCGCCGGCCUCGCUCUCGCCAGCGGCGCAGAAAGGCGCCAUCUCACCCAGCGCCUGCAUGGGCGCCGUGCGCGCGCCCUGGCCCAGCGCGCACUCGGUGUCCGACCUGCUUGGCCACUGGGGCCAGAUGCGCGGCCACGCCGCCGCCGCGCCCGCCGCCGGCCACGACGCGCAGAACUACAACUACUUCAUGUACCUGCAGUCGUGCAACGGGCCGGCGGCGUCGGGCGCCUUCGGCGGCGCGCUCGGCAACGGCUCGUUCGGCGGCGGCCUGAUGAUGGGCGGCCACGCGCAGCAAACGUCCUCCCUAUAGCGCCGCCCCCGUCCGGCCGCCGCGCGCGCCGAGUGAAGGGUACACCGCCCGGCGCGGCGAGCUGUCGGCGCGAGGGCGCCGGCGGCGGCCCGGCGGCGGCCCGCGACGCGGCCAACUCGGCGCCGUCUGCUGAUCAGGAAUUAGCGCAAUGACUGACGUGUAAAUAGCGAAGUGUUUUCGCGCUGGCGAGCGGAACAUGGCCGUCGGAUUUCCCGACGGGGCGCGGAGAGGGCGGGGAGGGCCCCUGAGGCGCUCGUAAACAGGGCGUCGGCGCUCGGCGCGCCCGCCGCGCACGAGCCCAUCGGCAGACCGCCGGCGGCGCCGACCGCCGCCCUCCCCGCUCGGCCGUGUCGGUCACAUUCCGCUGGCUGGUAUUCCAACCGUGCUUGGCCGCAUCAAAAAUCAGAUUUGCCGUGCCCGCGACACGAUCGCUUCGAAUACCAGCUAAUCGAGCGUGGAAUGGGGCUCCGGCGUCGCAUACGAUAAGGGUCAUUUUCGACACUUGUAUGUGGGGCAUCUCGCCUCAGCUAUCUCAGAGAUAGCGGGGGCAAGAGCUGCCAACGUUCCCCUGAUAGCAGGACAUCAGCGCGACCAAGGGAGGGCCCGGCGACACGCCACGCAGGAGGGAGAGUGGCGACGGGCUGCAGCGCGCUGGCUGAGACGGGAGGGGAAUUGGCAGCGUGGCUGGUACACGCUGCCGCAGAGCUGGCAUGGCUCAUCGGCUCACGUCUCCUGGCACAAUUCUCCCGGCAGUGUUUAUAUCACGUAGGGCUUUCCCUCCCCGAUUUUGCCCAGGGGAAGUGGCGAGCAAUAUUUGUGCCGGGAGCUGUGUGAGCUAGAGUUCGGCCGCACGAAGCCCGGUUUUGAAAAGCGGUGCUAUCCGGACGUUUGCUGUCUUGAAUUCGGCAGCGGACCACGCUUCCAUGCGGCGAGUGGGAAAGACCGCCUGGGCCUUGGGCAUGAAUGAAGCGGCCCCCACUGCCCCCAAACCUGUAGACUGGCGGCACCCGGGUCCGGGCUCGGCUGGUGGAUGCAUUCGCUGAAUCCCUAUGUCCAGCGCUGUGACCGCCAGAACGGCAUCACUCUUGUGCCUUUCGAAGUGUUUUACAAACGGCACUGACGCAGCUGAUGUCGUUUGUACAAAGAUAUAUAUACAAGUUGUUUUGCUGUGAAUAGUCGUAUGUUGAGAACAUGCAAGCAGGAGCCUUUGUGUGAUCAUUGAAAUGGUGAACUGUCAAUUGUUCAACGUGUUAACAUUUACCUACAUUGUUGCUGAACGAGUGAUAUGUCAGACCCCGUUGCUUUGGUGCCCAGUCGGUUGGUAAAUCAAAUAAAUAGGUAGAUGAAAAGGUUCGGCUUUCACC